AUGGAAGACUCUGAUCGGUCCAAGUCACCUACACCAGAGCGUCCUCCUGAAGGAGCGAGUUAUGGCGUCCAGGGCUUUGCCACCUAUCAAGUGCCGGGUAAAUCUGGGUUUGCAGGCGUGGACUGGCUCGCAGGAGAACAUCCGGAGCUGUUUCAGACGUUCAAUGUUCCAGUAAACUGUCGGAUAGCUUUUGGAAUGGACCCUCGACAUCCAGGCAGAAUGAUUUGGACAUUUGUCCCGUCAGCGUAUGGUCCACAAGGCGUUGCAGAGGACCCACGUACAUGGCCUCAACAUGUCAUCGCGCUCGGAAAAGAACGGAGAAUGGACCAAGAUACAUGGGACAGGUUCAAAUGCGACCCUAAUUACUUUUGCUAUGUACCGACAAGAGGCAUGCCAUACGUCAAACUACGCACAGAAAUCGUACACGAUACGACUCCGGAGCCAAUGGUUGCAGAGGACCGGUCGAGACGCUCAACUCCGUAUCCAAAGCGCACUGGAUCCGAUACUGUAGAUACCGAGUCGAGUCCACGAAAGAAGCAGCGGACGACUGUCGAGACGGAAAGCGACACGGAAAUAGAAGAGGUUCAGCCAAAUCAAUACGAAGCCCUCCAAGCUCGACUAAGACGUGAGAAGAAGAGGAGAGAACGAUUGCAGCGGGAUGCCAAAGGAUCGUCCUUUCGAAUGGCUAGCAUGGCCAACGACCUCCCUCACGUCUUUACCCCAGAGAACGGACGAUCGCCGUCUCCUGUCCGUCAUCCAAAUGGAAAAGGGCAAUUCAUGGAGACUGAUCCUACCCAAACUAAGCGCCCGCAUCAGACUGAAACGAUCACCUAUGUCGACUACGGGGAUGAAAAGAUACGGGCCGCAGAGAAGAGACAGCGGGAGUAUACCCGAAGGCAGAACGCGCAAAGGCGACACUCCAGGUUGGGACGAAAGGCAGAAGCGCAUGAAAAAGAUUUUUGGCGAGACGUGAACUUUUCAUCAUUCAAAGGCCGCAGUUUCUCGUUGGAUCCCGAAGAUAUUGCUUCCCAAACUCCUCACCCACCACCAGACGAACGCGAGGUUAAAUCGGAGACGGAGCCACCGCUGGCCUCCGCCGAAAAUCCUAUCUGGGUAGACAGCGGAAGUGACGAGGACGAGGAGAACGAGGUGCACGCGUCAUUGCAUACAGACGAAUCCGAGUACGACCACAAAGCCAGGGAAGGCUUUGCGGCGUAUGAUGUGGUGGACUCUGAAGAGGAGCGCAUGGCGAGACUAGCCGAGUCUCGCAAAAAGAUGGAGGAGAUCAACGCGCAAGAUGCAGAACGAAUAGCAGCGCGCAGACGAAUGGAAGAGGCACAACGGCGGAAGGAGGAAGAAGAACGACGCCGUCGCCAGGAAGAGGCCAGGAGGAGACGUCAGCAAGAGGAAGAUGCCGAAAGAAGGCGUCGGGCUCGAGAAGAGGCCCAACGCAAUGCACGAAGGUCUUCUUGGACAGACCAGGAUCAAUAUCGGCGGUCGGAUCCGUACACGGGAUGGUAUCAUCGUACUAGCGCUUUCUGGGGUGAUGAUAUCCCUCCUCGACCGGGUGGAAUCAAUUUCGAGUGGUUUGAACAACACCCUCGGUUCAAUAAUAGUCAGAGAAGGGCAGGCCCCAGUUCAACCAGUGCAACGAAUGGAUGGACAUCCGCCAAGGCACUUCAACGAUAUAACACUCUGUCUGAAGCAUUUGACAAAUUCAAGGGCACACCGGAUCAACCCGUCCCACCUCUUGAUCAGAUUCCGUGGCCGGUACUCCUUCCCCCUGGCUUCACUCUCAACGACGUUGACUGGACGGCCGUGGAAAAGUUCUUCAAAGAGGCGGAGACGUUGAUGGGUGGCCGUGGUCGCGGGCGGAACGAGUGGAAAGAAUUCUUGAAGACGAGCACGAGGCGUUUCCAUCCAGACCGUUGGAGAGCUCGAGGUCUCAUCAGUGACAAAGGUUUUGGGUCGGACGUUGAAGAGAAAGUAAACCAUGUAGCGAAAGUAUUAACUCCAUUGUAUCGAUCCCUUGACCAAUAA